CGUCCCUUCACUCUUUUAUUCAUAUACUUGAUUUCGAAACUUCCUUGCAGGGAGAAUCAAAUCGACAAGAUGGCUUCCGACGAGAUUGUGUGGCAAAUCAUAAACCAGCAGUUUUGCGCCUUCAAAUUAAAAACGGAGAAGCAGCAAAACUUCUGUCGCAAUGAACACAACGUCACUGGACUGUGCAAUCGCCAGUCAUGCCCUCUAGCCAACUCGCGAUAUGCCACCAUUCGGCAACAUCCGACCAAGGAUACGCUAUACCUCUACAUGAAGACUGUCGAGCGCGCGCAUCUGCCUUCCAAGAUGUGGGAGCGCAUCAAGUUGUCCAACAACUACACAAAGGCCCUGGAGCAGAUUGACGAGAGGCUCAUCUACUGGCCCAAAUUCCUAAUUCACAAAUGCAAGCAGCGACUCACCCGUCUCACGCAGGUGCAGAUUCGCAUGCGCAGAAUCGCCGCUGAAGAUGAGCGAUUGGGAGAGAAACUGGUUCCCAAGCUGGCCCCCAAGGUCAGGCACCGUGAGGCGACAAGAGAGCGCAAGGCCGAGGCCGCGGCCAAGCUGGAGAGGACAAUCGAGAGAGAGCUGCUUGAGCGUCUGAGGCAGGGCGCUUACGGCGACCAGCCCUUGAACGUCAGCGAGGACAUCUGGAAGAAGGUGCUGAAUGCCAUGGAGAAGGGAGGCGAGGGUGAGCGAGACGAGGAUAUGGACAAGGGCAUCGAAUCCGAUGAGGAAUUCGACGGCAUUGCUGAAAGCGAGGACGAAGACGCCGAUGCUGCCGUUGAAUACGUCUCCGGCGCUGAGGAGAGCGAAGACGAGCUCGAGGACCUUGAAGACUGGCUGGAGAGCGAGGAAGAGGAGGAGGAGGAGGAGGACAGCGACGAAUCCGAGGCGGAAAAGGCCGGCAGCAAGCGCAAGCGUGGCAAGGUCACCAAGAUGAAGAACAAGCGACCGAAGCAGCAGGAGAAGGAGAAGCUGGCCUUGACCAACGACCUGGCCUGGUAAACGGACUCUCGAUAGGGGUGGAAUAUGCGGUUAAUACUUGGGUAUCAUUACGGAUGCGGAGCGAAUUGCGCGGCGGCCAAACCAAGAGCACGGCAGCGUUACUGAGUCGUCUUCAAAGAUUGGGUUUUCAAGUUUGUAUCAGCUUAUUAGUCCUAGAACGGGCUUCAUGGCAUGCGGCGUCGGGAUGGAGAAUAAAACAAGGCUUAUGGUCGUUUCUGUUGUACGGAUGAGGGAUUAUGUUAAUGUUAAAUCGCUAUACAUAUUUAGAUGGAUAUAAAAUGCAUUGCCUUAAUCAUGUUUCA